AUGAAAAAAGUGAUGUUUUGGAAACCAAUAAUUCAACGGAUUCAAAUGUUUCAAGCUAAAAAUGCUAAAUUUCAAAAAAUAGUUUAAGCUAUUAAUGCUAGAUUGUAAACAAUAUCGUUGCUUAAUAAGUCCAAUGCUCUAGAUGCUAAAAACCCUUAUCAAAAAUAAUGUAUAGUUAAAUUUCACUAAUAAUGUUUCUUCAAAGAAUUGAAUGAUCAAAACACUAAAAAGUAGGUAUUUUUAUAUAAAUGUAAAUGUGGAACUAAAAUACCUUCUACAAUAAUACGGAAAUGUGGAGCGCCAAACUUUAUGGAGUUUUUAUCUUCAAUUCAUCGCAGAUAGCUAGACCUUCUUAUGACUUAAUCAAAUUUGCGGAAAAAUCAUGAAAUAGUAUCCUUUUAUAUGCAGAAUAAAUUGAAAGAACAUGAAUUAGAUUUCUUUAUACAAGAAAAAGAUAAGCUGACAUACGAUGAGACCCCAUAAUGA